UGGAAACUCCGGUAUCAUAGCAACCAGUGUAAACAUCGUGUGGAAGAUCAUGAUCAUGUCCACACCGCGGGAGAGAGAAGCAGAAGAAUACGUCGAAAACCACAAAAUACUGGAUUUAAUGAAUAAUCUAACCAGCAUGCUUCUCUUUCACAGACCAGACCGGCCAAGAGAAUUCCUGAUUGCCAAGCUUGAACAACUGGGAGCAUCCAAGCUCAGUGAAGCUGACAGUCCAUGUCUGUUUGAUGACUCCAACUUGGAUGCAGUGUUUGGGAUCCUUGACCCUACAAAUCAAGGCCACAUCUCAUACAUACAGUAUAAAGAGGCACUGAAGAUCCUUGGCAUCAAGAAUUUCAAUGAAUGUCCUAAUGGUCUUGAAAAUGACAGAAUAUCACUUGAGACAUUUAAACGAGAAGCGAAGGAUGGCCUACUCAAAAGUUCAGCCACAUACCAGAUAUAAUUAACAUUUUUCCUGUAUAAAUAACUGCACUCAGUAGAAAAAAAAAUUAUUUUAACUGUCUAAUAAUUUUGGUUUCUUAAUAUUUUUGUCUAUGGAGAAGUAUGAGCGGUUAUAAGUAUGCAGACGUUUUGUGUGUAAACACUAAACAGUUUAACACACACACAUAAAAAUAUUAUGUAUAACUGUCUAAACUGGUUAUUGUUCACUGGCAGAAUUUUAACUACACAUAAAUAUUUUUAAACAUGAUAGUUUAUGAUGUAAUGGUUAAAAAUAUUGGAAUAAAAUGCAUAAAGCUUUAUACACGUUUAAGGAAUCUGUAUAAAAGUAAGUGCUA